AUGGCAUCGGAAAUCAUUAAUAAUUUGUGUCAAUAUGUAAAUUGUUGCCCACAUUGUAACAAUCAUUUUUCAAUAUCGGAUUUAUCAACCUACGAUUUAAUAAAAAAAUCACUUAAAGAAUAUGAAAAGAAAUAUAAUAUAAUAGAGAAUAAUAUUAAUAAUAAUAACAUAGACAGCAGUAAUAAUAGUAAUAUACAAAGUAGUAAUAAUAAAUAUAGUAGCAGUAUUGAUAAUUUUUAUAGUUUAAGCAUAAAUAAUGAGCUCAAUAAUAAUAUUAAUAAUAAUAAAAAUAAUAAAAAUUAUAACCAUAAUAAUAAAAAUGUAGAAUUUAGGGAUACAGUAAAAAAUGAACAUAGUUUAUUUAAUAUAGAUUUUAAUACACCCAACGAUAGUAAUAAUAAUAACGACAAUAACAACUAUAAUAAUAAUGAUAAUAAAAAUAAUAAAAAUAAUUUUAAUAAUAAUAAUAAUGAUGUUAUAAAUAGCAAUAAUAAAGAAUUUAGUUCAGUAACAUCAAUAAAUAAUAGUUUUUUAAAAGAGUUAUUAAAGUCAUCUAAAAUGGCUAGAGAUGGUGAUUUCACAAAAAGAUUAAAGCAAAAUAAUAAUUAUAGUAUUACAGAAAAUGAAAUUGUAAAGAAUUUUAAUCAAAUUAUUGAAUUAGCAGAUUCAACUUGUAACGAAUUUAAAAGAAUAGAAAAACAAGUUGGAAAAGAGGGUAAUAUAAUGACAAGAGCUCAUUUACCCCAUGCAACUGGUUCAUGGAAAGUUUGUAUCGAUUUUGUAAAUAAUCUUAUUGGUGAUAUGAUACAACCAACUGAAGAGGUUGUUAGAGUAAUUGCUUCUGUAGCCAAAGGGGAUUUGUCCCAAACAAUAAAAUUGGAAUUGGGUGAAGGCAAAAAGUUAUCGGGUGAAUUUUUAAGAAUUGCUAAGGUUGUAAAUACUAUGGUUCAACAAUUAAAAUCAUUUUCAUCUGAAGUUACAAGAGUUGCUAGAGAAGUAGGUACUGAUGGUAAAUUGGGUGGACAGGCUCAAGUCGAAGGUGUAGACGGUAUUUGGAAAGAUUUAACCGAUAAUGUAAAUACUAUGGCUGCCAAUUUAACUGGUCAAGUACGUUCUAUUGCUGAAGUUACAACCGCUGUUGCUAGUGGUGAUUUAUCAAAAAAAAUAACAUUAGAUGUUAAAGGUGAAAUCCAGGAAUUAAAAUUAACAAUAAAUACUAUGGUUGACCAAUUAAAGUCAUUUUCAUCCGAGGUCACCAGAGUUUCAAGAGAAGUAGGAACUGAAGGUAAAUUGGGCGGUCAAGCUGAAGUUCAAGGUGUCGGAGGUGUAUGGAAAGACUUAACCGAUAAUGUAAAUACUAUGGCUGCUAAUUUAACUGGUCAAGUACGUUCUAUUGCAGAGGUUACAACCGCUGUAGCUAGUGGUGAUUUAUCUAAAAAUAUUACAAUUGAUGCUGAAGGUGAAAUUUUACAAUUAAAGAAUACAAUUAAUACUAUGGUUCAACAAUUGAAAUCAUUUUCAUCUGAAGUAACAAGAGUAGCUAGAGAAGUAGGUACUGAAGGUAUUUUAGGUGGCCAAGCUGAAGUUAAAGGUGUCGGAGGUGUAUGGAAAGGUUUAACCGAUAAUGUAAAUACUAUGGCGGCUAAUCUUACAAGUCAAGUACGUUCUAUUGCUGAAGUUACAACUGCUGUAGCAAAUGGUGAUUUAUCAAAAAAAGUAUCUAUUAAUGCUCAAGGUGAAAUUUUACAACUUAAAAGUACUAUUAAUACUAUGGUUGAUCAAUUAAAAUCAUUUUCAUCAGAGGUCACCAGAGUUGCAAAGGAAGUAGGUACUGAAGGUAAAUUGGGUGGUCAAGCUGAGGUUCAAGGUGUCGGAGGUGUAUGGAAAGGUUUAACUGAUAAUGUAAAUACUAUGGCGGCUAAUCUUACAAGUCAAGUACGUUCUAUUGCUGAAGUUACAACCGCUGUUGCCAGUGGUGAUUUAUCUAAACAAGUAUCAAUCGAUGCUGAAGGUGAAAUUUUACAACUUAAAAGUACUAUUAAUACUAUGGUUGACCAAUUAAAGUCAUUUUCAUCCGAAGUAACUAGAGUAGCUAGAGAAGUAGGUACCGAAGGUAUUUUGGGCGGUCAAGCCGAAGUUAAAGGUGUAGAUGGUGUAUGGAAAGACUUAACCGAUAAUGUAAAUACUAUGGCUGCUAAUCUAACUGGCCAAGUACGUUCUAUUGCAGAAGUUACAACCGCUGUAGCAAAUGGUGAUUUAUCAAAACAAAUUUCUAUAAAUGCUCAAGGUGAAAUUUUACAAUUAAAAAAUACUAUUAAUAUUAUGGUUGACCAAUUAAAAUCAUUUUCAUCCGAAGUCACUAGAGUUGCUAGAGAAGUAGGUACUGAAGGUAUUUUAGGUGGUCAAGCUCAAAUAGUUGGAGAGGGUUAUGGUGUUAAUGGUGUAUGGAAAGAUUUAACAGAGAAUGUAAAUACUAUGGCUGCUAAUCUUACAAGUCAAGUUAGAGCCAUUGCCGAAGUUACCACAGCAGUAGCUUGUGGUGAUUUGUCAAAGAAAAUUUCCAUUAAUGUCAAGGGUGAAUUUUUAGAAUUAAAAAAUACUAUUAAUACUAUGGUUGAGCAAUUAAAAUCUUUUUCAUCUGAAGUCACGAGAGUUUCAAAAGAGGUUGGUACCGAGGGUAUUUUGGGUGGUCAAGCCGAAGUUAAAGGAGUUGGAGGUGUAUGGAAAGGUUUAACCGAUAAUGUAAAUACUAUGGCUGCCAAUUUAACUGGUCAAGUACGUUCUAUUGCAGAGGUUACAACCGCUGUAGCUUGUGGUGAUUUAUCAAAGAAAAUUACAAUCGAUGCCCAAGGUGAAAUUUGUGAACUAAAGAAUACCAUUAAUACUAUGGUUGACCAAUUAAAAUCAUUUUCAUCCGAAGUUACUAGGGUUGCUAGAGAAGUAGGUACCCAAGGUAUUUUAGGUGGCCAAGCUGAAGUUAAAGGUGUCGGAGGUGUAUGGAAAGGUUUAACCGAUAAUGUAAAUACUAUGGCUGCCAAUUUAACUGGUCAAGUACGUUCUAUUGCAGAGGUUACAACCGCUGUCGCUAAAGGUGAUUUAUCAAAACAAGUAUCAAUCGAUGCUGAAGGUGAAAUUUUACAAUUAAAGAAUACAAUUAAUACUAUGGUUCAUCAAUUAAAGUCAUUUUCAUCCGAAGUAACAAGAGUAGCUAGAGAAGUAGGUACCGAAGGUAUUUUAGGUGGCCAAGCACAGGUAGAAGGUGUAGACGGUGUAUGGAAAGACUUAACCGAUAAUGUAAAUACUAUGGCUGCUAAUCUAACUGGCCAAGUACGUUCUAUUGCAGAGGUUACAACUGCUGUAGCGUGUGGUGAUUUAUCAAAGAAGAUUUCAAUUGAUGUCAGAGGUGAAUUUUUAGAACUAAAAGAUACCAUUAAUACUAUGGUUGAUUUAUUAAAUUCAUUUUCAUCCGAAGUAACAAGAGUUGCCUUAGAAGUAGGUACUGAAGGUAUUUUAGGUGGUCAGGCACAGGUAGAAGGUGUAGAUGGUGUAUGGAAAUAUUUAACACAAAAUGUAAAUACUAUGGCUGCUAAUCUUACAAAUCAAGUUAGAGAAAUAGCAAAUGUAACAACUGCUGUGGCGAAUGGUGAUUUAUCAAAGAAAAUAAAUUUAGAUGUUAGAGGUGAAAUUUUACAACUUAAAAUUACAAUUAAUACUAUGGUAGAUCAAUUAAAUUCGUUUUCAUCCGAAGUAACAAGAGUUGCCAAAGAAGUAGGAACAGAUGGUAUGUUGGGUGGUCAAGCCCAGGUAGAGGGUGUUGGAGGUGUAUGGAAAGAUUUAACCGAAAAUGUAAAUACAAUGGCUGCUAAUCUUACAACACAGGUUAGAUCAAUUUCUGAAAUUGCCAAAGCAGUAACAAAAGGUGAUUUCACUAGAGUUGUUUCAGUUGAAGCCAAAGGUGAAAUGCUACAAUUAAAGGUUACAAUUAAUGAAAUGAUUCAUAAUCUUAAAGAAACCACAAUUAAAAACACGCUUGCUAAAGAAACUGCAGAAGCAGCAUCAAGGGCGAAAUCCGAUUUUAUGGCAAAUAUGUCACACGAAAUUAGAACUCCAAUGAAUGGUAUAAUUGGUAUGACCGACUUGACAUUAGAUACUGAACUAACAGCUGAACAAAGAGAAUAUCUUACUAUGGUUCAAUCAUCAGCAGGCUCUCUCUUAACAAUUAUUAAUGAUAUUUUAGACUUUUCCAAGAUUGAAGCUGGUCGUUUAGAACUAGAUCAAUCUGAUUUUAGUUUAAGAGCCCAUCUUUAUGAUACUCUUAAAACAUUGGCCUGGAGAGCACACCAAAAAGGUUUAGAGUUGGUGUGUGACAUUGCAUCAGAUAUUCCAGAUAGUUUAGUUGGUGAUCCAGGAAGACUUCGUCAAAUAGUAACAAAUUUAGUUGGUAAUGCAAUCAAAUUUACCUCAGAAGGUGAAGUUGAUCUUGUUGUAAAAAUCGAUAAAUAUAUAGAUGGGGAAGUUCUUUUAAGAUUCUCUGUUAUAGAUAGUGGUAUUGGAAUUCCAAAAGAAAAACUUCAUUUAAUUUUCGAAGCAUUCUCUCAAGCGGAUGGCUCAAUAACCAGAAGAUAUGGUGGAACAGGUUUAGGUUUAACAAUUUCAACACGUUUAGUCGAAUUAAUGAAAGGUAAACUAAGAGUAGUAAGCAAGCCAGGUAAAGGUUCAACAUUUGAAUUUACUGCUCAAUUCCCAACCAAACCAGAUUUAGAUCUAGGAGAAACUCCAAUUGGUGUUAAAUUAAAAGAUGUUCAUACAUUGGUGGUCGAUGAUAAUAAAAAUACAGUUAAAGUACUUUGUCAAAUGCUUUUCGAGUUUGGUAUAACUUCAGAUUCAACUGAUAAUGGUCAAGAUGCUUAUAAAAUGAUGACUAAAGCUGCUCAAUCCAACAGGCCUUAUGAGUUUUUAUUUAUUGACGCUCAAAUCGAUACCAAUAUAGUGGAUUUAAUUUCAGAAGACCCAAAGCUUUCAAAAACAAAUGUUAUUAUGUUAAUUUGCGGAGGUGGUCAAAGAGGAUGUCCCGAGAAUGCAUCAUCUUUAAUUGGUGGUUAUCUUUCUAAACCAGUAAGUCCUUCAGAGAUGUUGGAAAUACUCCAAAAGCAAGGUAUUUCUCGUCAAAGUAAAGUUUGUAAGAAAAUUCAACCAAUCUCUGAAAUAUUUGGUGAUAUCCUUUUGGCCGAGGAUAAUGUUGUUAAUCAAAGAUUAGCAGUACGUUUAUUAGAAAAGUUUGGUCACAAAGUAACAUUAGCAGAAAAUGGUCUUCAAGCAGUUGCUGCAUGCGAAAUUAAACAUUUCGAUCUUAUACUCAUGGAUGUUCAAAUGCCACAUAUGGGUGGAUUUGAAGCUACGGCACAAAUUAGAAAGCUAGAAUCCAAUGAGGGCAUUCAUACACCAAUCAUUGCAAUGACUGCACAUGCUUUAGCUCGUGAUAGAGUUAAAUGUAUUGAAGCUGGUAUGGAUGACUAUAUUAGCAAACCAAUCAACCCAGAUCAAUUAAAGUCUAUGAUAGAAAAAUAUUUAUACUUUUCAAUGUCAAAUAUACCAUUUGAUCAAGCAUCAAUUCAAGCAGCUCAACAGGCUACCUCUUCAAAUCAAUUUUUAAAUUCAAGUUCCACUAUAUAUUUUAAUCAAUCAUCUUCACCACAACAAUCACUAUUAACCAACUCACCAAAUCCAUUAAUGAUUAGUGAUGAUAAUUGUAUAAAUGGCAUUAGUACUAACAAUAAUAACAGAAAAACCAAACAUUUGAAGAGUUCAAAUUCAAGUCCAAAUCUUAGCCCAAAGAGUUCACCAAAUCAAUCAUCAUCAGGAAUAUUAUUAUCUUCCUCAUCAUCUUCAUCAUUAAUAUCCCCAAUUAAACAAAAUAGAAAAAAAUCGGAAUCACCUAAAACCUCAACUUCAUCAACAAAAAAACAACAAACAUCCAAAGAUAAAGACUUUAAACUACAAGCUCAAUUGGUAAAUAGAACAAAAAGUAAAAGAAAUAUAGAAUUAGUCAACAAUAAAGAUAAUAAUGAUGAUUUGGAUAUUAAAAUGGAAAAUAAUGAAACAAAUCCAAGCAAAAGAAAAGAAAAUGAUCAAUUAUCUUCUCCAUUAGUUCCUGCAAAAAAAAACAACACAAAUAAUUAA